CAGAGAUACUGGCUGCUGGUAUCUGCUCUGCAGGUAAUGCCCAUAAUGCCUUCACUUUAGGGACAGAAGAAGGAGCCAUCCCAGGAUUGUGUGGUACUGGCUAUGACCCAGAGGCUUGGCUUGGAGGCAGGUGAUGCCUGGAGAACAGAGAAGAUGGCCAUCCUUGUAGCUCUAGGGCUCUUGAUGGCUGGGUUUUGCCCUGCGGUCCUCUGCUACCCAGAAGGCACAUUAGAAAGAGACACUAUAACCCAAAGUGACCAAAACAUUGAGACACAAAUGGACAGUCUAACAUUCCCUAACACUGACUUUGCCUUCACACUCUACAAGGAGAUGGUUUUGAAGAAUCCAGAAGAUAAUAUCAUCUUCUCCCCAUUCAGCAUAUCUAGUGCCUUGGCAGUCCUGUUUCUGGGAGCAAACAACAACACCCAGAAAGAGAUUCUAGAAGGUCUCAAGUUCAGGGCCACAACGAUCCCUGAGAUUGAUGUCCACAGGGGCUUUGAGAACCUCAUACACAUGGCCAGCCGGCCAGAGAGCAGGGUGCAGGUCGGUAUAGGCAGUGCUGUGUUUAUUGAAAAGAGCCUGCCGAUACAGGCAGAGUUCAUUGGGAAGCUAAAGGCUCUCUACCAGGCUGACUUCUGCACAACCGAACUCCUGGAGACUCAAGAGGCCAAAGGGAUCAUCAACGCCUGUGUGAGGGAACAGACCCAAGAAAAAACCAACAAAUUUAUCUCAGACCUGGAUGAGAGGACAAUCAUGGUGCUGGUGAAUUAUGUGUACUUUAAAGGAAAAUGGAAGAUGCCCUUUGACCCUCAUGACACAUUUGAGUCCGACUUCCACUUGGACAAGGAGGGGACUGUGAAGGUGCCCAUGAUGAAAGUUGAGGACCUGACCGUACCCUACUUCCGGGAUAAGGAGCUGUCCUGCUCUGUGGUGGAGCUGGAGUACACAGGCAGUGCCAGCGCCCUGUUCAUCCUCCCUGACGAGGGCAAGAUGCAGCAGGUGGAGGCCAGCUUGCGACCAGAGACCCUGAGGAAGUGGAAGGACUCUCUGAGGCCCAGGAGGAUUGAUGAGUUCUACCUGCCCAAGUUCUUCCUAUCCAAAGGCUACAGCCUGGAGGACAUCCUUCCAGAGAUGGGCAUCAGGGAAGUCUUCUCCACACAGGCUGAUCUCUCUGGGAUCACAGGAACCAAGGACCUCAAAGUCUCUCAGGUGGUCCACAAGGCUGUGCUGGACAUAAGUGAGACAAGCACAGAAGCAAGUGCCAACACAACAGUGAAAUACAUCUUCCUGUCUGGAAAACUGCAGCCUAAAAUUGUGAAAAUCCAAAAGCCAAUCCUGUUCUUCAUCAUGGACACAAAAUAUCAGAUUAUCCACUUUAUGGGCAAGAUCAUCAACCCCAUGAAGAGCUAGAACUUCCCAAACAAUGGGGCUUAUGGCACAUUCCUGAAGCCCUCACUCCUGAAGCUGCAUGGGGCCUGUUGGUCAGGCCACCUCCUUUCCCCCUAGGGCUCCUACUUAGAGCAGAUAAGCCUUUUUCUAGGUUCCUAGCUGACCAACCUCACAUGUCAGAUGGACACCUCAGCUUUCAUCACCCAAAAUGAAGAGGUAGGAGCACAGGAUCAAUAAAUGUGUACCUGCACAGAAAGUGGCCAGGCUGUGUUCACUCACCUCCUAUUGGCAGGACUAUGGUCUCCAGUGACAACAGGGCAGUUGAGAUUGUCACUCACACUCUGUGAGUCCUGUGACAUCCCUCUGACUUACAUACUAUUAUCAGUUGAAGAGGAAUUUUAAUUCAGAACAUGGCUGCUCUGGCUAGAGAUCACAUCCAAAGAGUUUCUAAGUCUGUAUGGUCUGGCUAGAAUACAAGCAGGCCUUAAUCCAGGAGACAGAAGCAAGUAGAUCGGAGUUCAGGGCCAGCCUGGUAUAGAGCAAGCAUCAGGAAAAAAAAAAAAAAAAAGCUUUGGUCCAGGUUUGUUGGUACCCACCUUUAAUCCCAACAAUAAAGGUGAAGUUAGUUUUUAGAAGGAAGUAUCCAUGUUUGAAAGUGAUGUCUAAUUGAGUGGCAGUAAAAGAAAGUGAUGAAUCAGAGAAGAUUUGACAGAAUGGGAUAUUCCCAACACUCACAAGGAGAGAGAGGAAUGGAAAGAUAUCUAAAGGGCAAUGCAGAGAGAGGAGGCAGUUUUACUGGAGUUUUACAGAGAGAGGUUACAUGAAAGAACAAGCUAGACACAGGUGAAAGCGGAAUGAGCCAGAGAAUGAGAAGGAACAAGAAGAUUAGAAUAGAUUGCUGAGCUGGGUGUGGUGUUGAAUGCCUGUAAUCCUAGAACUCUGGGAAACAGAGACAGGGAGGUCACUGUGAAUUCAAGGCCAGCCUGGUUUAUAAAGUCCCAGACUGGCAAGGCUACACGGAGAAAUUCUGUCUCAGAAAAAAAGAAAGGAAGGAAAGAGAAAGAAAAAAUUGCUGAAGUAGCUUGAAGCCAAGCAGAGCAAUUCAGAGGCCAAGAGAAAAGCCAGAUUGAAUAAGUUAGCUGGGAGGAGUUUGAGCCAGAACAGCGGAAUUGAACCAGCCAGGCUUUGAGCUCAGUAAGAACAAGGACAGCAGCUAUCGACCAUAGCCUAUCCUCUGCAUACAGGUCAGAUCCAGAUGUACAGCAGCAGUGAAUGAGUGCGUGAAAGUGUGAGCACACGCAUGCACACAUGUAUGAGGAAUGUUUGGAAGUCAAAUCUUAUGAAAAUGAAGCCUGAGUCUUAUCAGCAAGCCAGUACAUUUACCAAGGCAGAUGGUCAUGCACAGAAAGGAACAGGUUGGUCUUCUUUCUAUAGGGGUCUUUGAUGACAAGAGGCUUUCUAGCAAGCUCAGCUUCCUGGAAGAGUGGGCUUCUCUUGGCUCCUUCACAGAUGCUGAUCUUGAAGAGUUUAAGUUAGCCUGGAUAUAGUUAGCCUAGUUAGCCUGAGUAUAACUCCAUUUUGAAAUAAAGAUCUUGACUGGGAGCUGAAUUCAAGUACCAGGAAAUAUCACAGAAUAUUCACGUGGAAGAAAACAAAGUUAACUCUCCUAGCAACAGCCUCCAGGAAAUAUUACAGAAUAAAUGCUUCAUAGAAAAUAGAGACAAACUCCCUGGCAAUAAUCAAUGGGAAUUGGGUGGGAAAAUUCUCCCCAAUGUUUCAGAUAUAGUUUAGAAAAAUGGCCAUUGUGAUUAUAUGCCUUAGCCGUUAUGAUUGUGUGCCUCAGAAAAGGUCACCUUGCCCCUCUAACUUUUAUGCAAUCCUGUAACGCCAAGGCUUGUACCCCCCUGCUUGCUGCCAUGGAAACCCUCCACCCCUGCUCACAGACUUUCCCUUUAAAAAUCCUGUUCACUCAGAGCUCGGGGUCCCACUUCUCUACUGCUGCGUCAGUGAGACUUGGGUCCCAAGUUCGAUCGCUCUCGUAAUAAAGCUCUCUUGCUAUUGUAUCAA